UGGAUGGAGAGAGUUAUCGGACCGAGGGAGACGGGCUUACGUUGAGGUGUGGAGCUUUUGGGGAGCUGAACGAAGGGUGCCGGCGUAGCAGACAUCAGUCUUGGAAUUCGACCGCAUUUGAACAUGUUCAGCAACGAGGGGCGGCAGAAGGAGCGAACGGGAAAGUACGGCACCCCUCGCGUCGAGUAUCUUCAAGAAUUGGUGACCGAAUUCCAACAAACUGUCAGCGAAGAAGCCAAAGAGCAAAUCGUCGCCCACUUGGCGAACUUCGGCUACGAUCCCUUGAACUAUGAAUACCUGCGGCAGCUUCACGUGCUGGACCUGUUUCUGGAUUGCUUAACGGAACCGAACGAGAAACUAGUGGAGUUCGGUGUCGGCGGAAUUUCCAAUUGCUGUCCGGACCCAGCCAAUGCUGCCGCAAUCGUAAGCAGCGGUGGCAUUCCUCUGUUGGUGUCAUGUCUAUCGAGCGCAGUGGAGAACACCGUCCUGUCCACGAUCACCAGCUUAUACUACUUGUGUACCCCAUCAACCAGUAAAGAGAUUUUGGAUCCUCUCGUUGUCGAGGCUAUCCGCGGCUUUGCAAACUCCGAUGCCAAUUGCCGUUCCCGGAAUGUUGCCAGAGCGUUUAUUGAAAAAUUCGUCGACGGUAGAAGAUUGUGCUCUAAGUGAUCACACCCAUACGUAGUGGCUGCGUGUCCUACAGCUAGGGCUCAAGAAACCGUCACUUUCAAUCAGUCUCGCAAUUUAGAUCCGUCCUGGCUGAUACACGGCGGAGGAAGUUCAAACGCAUUGCCGGGCACGAACUGUAUUGUCUUCUCAAUUUUUCGAAAUAUGCUCCAUUAACUUGAAUAAAGAUAUAAUACAUUUUCUCGUUUGACC